UCAUCAUCAUCUGAUUCAUCUCCCAUACAUCUCCAUCACCAUCAUCAUUCCAAAUUUCACCCUUUAGGACAAACUUCAAAAGGAUAAUAAAAUAAUAACAGAUAUUUUCAAUUAAAUUCUUCUUUCUUUCUUUCUUUCUUUCUUUCUUCAUAUCACAGAAAUAUAGGCUUUCUUUCAACUUCCUAAAUCAACAAAUGCAUAAUAGUUAUAAUCUGAUCAAACGAAGAAGAUUAAGAAAACCCUAGAAUUUUAUAUCUGGGCAAAGUAUUGUUUGGUUGUUCUUGAUGAAGCAGAGUGUUAGAUAUCAGAGGAUUUUAAUCCUCUGUUUACUUUUAAUCUCGGUUUUAGCUCCUAUUUUUUUAGUUUCAAAUAAACUCUCAAAUUUCUCAUCUUCUUCUGGAGAUAAAGAAUUUGUUGGGGAUUUACCUGGAAUUAAAUUCAAGACAGAUAGUCCUAAACUAAAUGCUGUACAACAGGAGUUAGGGGAAGGUUUGAAAGAGCCUGUUUUAGUUGUGUAUAAAGAUGGUGAUUCUAUUAAUUCUUUAGUUGAUAGCAAUACAGAAGGAGGUACUUCAAAUCGUGUAAUAGAACGUAAAGUUUCAGAGACUGAUUAUGAUGUAAAUGGAGGAAACCAACUGAUUCAGAUGAAAAAUGUAUCUGCUCCUUCUGAAAGAAAGGAGCAAUUGCAGCAACCAACUGAGAAAAGAGAAGCUCGGAGAGGGACUGAUGAGAAGGUAAAAGAGGGUAAAGACCAGGUGAUCAGAGCCAAGGCAUACUUGACUUUUGCACCACCAGGUAGCAACUCCCACUUGGUAAAAGAGCUGAAGUUGAGGAUAAAAGAGCUAGAACGAUCGCUGGGCGAUGCGACAAAGGAUGCAGAUUUACCAAGAAGUGCUUUGCAGAGGAUGAAAUCCAUGGAAGCUACUUUGGGUAAAGCCAGCCGUGUUUACCACGAUUGCUCUUCCAUGGCAACCAAGCUCCGAGCAAUGACAUACAAUACUGAAGAACAAGUUCGGGCACAGAAAAAUCAAGCUAUAUAUCUUGUUGAGCUUGCUUCCAGGACUACACCUAAAGGUCUUCACUGCCUUUCCAUGAGGCUCACGGAUAGUUACUUCUCACUGCAGCCUGAAAAGCGAGAAUUCCCAAACCAGCAUAAAUUAAAUGACCCUGAUCUCUAUCACUUUGUUGUAUUUUCUGACAACAUUCUUGCAAGCGCAGUGGUUGUGAAUUCCACCAUCUUUUCUUCUUCGGAAAAGGAGAAACUUGUCUUCCACGUGAUUUCUGAUGCUAUCAACCUCCCUGCAAUAAGAAUGUGGUUCUUGCUAAACCCACCUGAUCAAGCUACUAUCAAUAUCCAGAGCAUUGAGGAUUUUGAAUGGCUAGCUACCAUGUAUGGCUCAGCGUUAAAUAUGCAAAACUCUCGGGACCGUAGAUACUCUUCACCAUUGAAUCAUCUCCGGUUCUAUCUGCCAGAGAUGUUCCCAGCUCAAAAUAAAGUUCUGCUCCUUGACCAUGACGUGGUUGUACAGAGAGAUCUCAAGGGAUUGUGGCAAGUAGAUAUGAAGGGGAAAGUCAAUGGAGCAGUGGAGACCUGUCGAGAGGGUGAUACCUCAUUUCGUAAGAUGAAUGCACUUAUUAAUUUCUCAGACCCAAUUGUGGCGGAAAGAUUUGAUCCUGAAGCAUGCACAUGGGCAUUUGGGAUGAACGUGUUUGAUCUACGGGAGUGGAGGAGAAAAGAUUUGACAGCAGUCUACACUAAGUACUUAGAAAUGGGAAUGAAGAGGGAGUUGUGGAAAGGUGGGACCUUACCGUUGGGUCUGGUUACCUUCUAUAACCAAACGGUAGCUCUCGACCGCAGAUGGCAUAUCCUAGGUCUUGGCUAUGAGUCAGGAUUAGGACGUGGAGAGAUCGAAAGGGGAGCUGUAAUUCACUACGAUGGUGUUAUGAAGCCAUGGCUGGAAAUUGGAAUUGGGAAAUACAAGGGAUACUGGAACAGAUAUGUCAAAUACGAUCACCCUUACUUGCAACAAUGUAACAUCCAUGAAUAGAUAAAUAGGUUUAAAGGGUAGAAAAUAAUUCUUAAUCCAUUUACAUAUAAUUGCUUCAUUUUUCAGAAGCUGCACAAGUGUCACUUGAUUUUUCCUCUGUCCUAUUAUAAUGUAAAUUCAACUUCUUUCACUACUUGUUAUCCCCGGUCA